AUGUCGACCGUGUCGGCCCGCGGCAAGCCGAAAGACCGGACGCCGUCUGGCAACUACAUGUCUAAUGACCAGUUCGCAAACUACCUCGCCGACCUACGCAACAACCGCAUUGCACGACCCGGUGGUACACGCCCGCUGCCGGCCACCAGUGGCAGCUCGUCUCGCCGUGACUCUGGCCGUGUUUCCGUUGGCAGCCGAGUCUCUUUUGGCAUGCCCAUGGUAGCCACCGCCGACGCCUUCUCCAGCUCCUCUUCGCACAGCCGCUCCCAGUCCGAUGCCACAGCAACAACCGCUGCGCCUCCCGUCUCGGGCCGUCCUUCACUAGGCGGCCAUUCCAAUUCUGGCAGCGUCUCCUCCCGCUACUCCACUGUCACAGGCCGUGGCCGCGACUACUACCCGGCCGCCACCAGCGCCGCAUCUUCAGCAGCACCUUCUGUUCGGCCCCUGCGGCCCGACGAGGUCGUGCCCACCGAUACCUACAUGGAGCGCGGCCAGCGCUGGAUGGAGAAGGAAGAGGUUGUGUCGCUGCGCCAUGCACUUGAGGAUAUGGACCUCAAGCAGCAGGACACGGCGGCAUCCGGCGCUGUGUCCAUGAUCCCCACACCCGGCAGCGACGCUGUUCCCGACGAGCAGCGCAUCUACGCAGCUGCCCUCGACGAGGCUGCGGAGCUUGUCUGGAAGCAUCAGAACGGCAUCAGACCGCCUGAGCCCGGCGCACCGUACCAAUACAAGAACCAUUUGCGCAAGAACAGUUACGCCCAUGCCCGCACCGCUAGCGUCGGUCGGUAUGGCAACGAUAUAGAGCCCAGUGGUCUCGCGCGGGACCCGGCCUCGCGCUCCGUCUCGGGCAGCUCUGCGGGAUCCUCGGUCGAUGCGUCUGGAUCACGUCGCAGCCGUCACUCCUAUGGGUCAAACCGUGUCGUCAGCAAUGGCAGUGGUGCGAGCGGCAACAGCGGUAGCAACAGUGUCCGCCAAAGCCUGGACCAAGCCCGUGAUACCACGUCGUCCAAUCCGUCUGUGCCUGCUGCUAGUGGCUCUCUGCGCUCCAAGACGUACAAUGGCCUUGCUGGUGGCCCCCGCCCCAUGGUGUCGGCCUCGUUUUCCUCAACCGGUGCUGCGAACAAUAAAGCAGCCGCCACUGGCCGUCGCCGGAGUAGCAUGAAGCGCAACAUCAGUGGUGAGAUUGAGAAGCCCUUUUCGGGCGACCAGAUCUACGAGGAGCCCGAGACUUCGACGCCAGACAAGCGGGCCAAGGCCACGACCACCACGGACACGGGCAGCAGCAGUGUUUUGCAGGUGAAGCCAGAUAGUGUUGUGAACAACAGCACCGUCGGCGGAGCACACACUGGUGGUCUCUCCAAACUGGUUUCGCGCUACGAAAUCCAUCGCAACGCACCCUCGCAGUCGCGGAAUCCGCAAUAUACCGUCAACAAUGGCACGGAAGCGACGCUGUCCAACACCAACGCUGUUGCGUCCCCGGAUGUGGCGCGCAAAAAUGGCGUGGAGAUUCGCAGCGAUGACAUUCGCCAAGCGACCAGCAUGAAGUUGAAGGACCGCAACCCCAAGCUCCCCACUCCGUCCUUUGUCAGCGAUACCCCGGGACGACCGAUUGUAAGCUUUGACGCCAACUGGAAAGACCCAACCCAGGUUGAGGCACAAGCAGACAAGGCGGCUACUGAUGUGAAGCCAGGCGUCCGGGAGACGAACUUCCCCAGUCAUGUCCCCAUCAACGCACCCAGCAGUGCACCCAGCAGCGGCAACCAUGCCGGCCCCUUCCAAAAGAUUCGCAAGAUCAGCCCAAAGAACAUCUUCGCCCGGCGACAUCAGCAGCAGCAACUUCAACAGCAGCAACAACAGCAAACUACGCCGGCCGUUGCUGUCACGCCUCCUACGGAUUUUCGGUCGCCGCCGCCUGUCCCGCCGCAACAGCAGCAGCACCAACUGCAGCACCAACAGCAGCACCAGCCGCGCCCGCAAGCACGUAACAUUUUCAGUCGCCCCCCCGCUGCUCAGGUAAACCCUGUUACCUCGGUGCCGACCAUUUGCGUGUCGGAAGAACCAUCGCCGGCUGCUCCUGUGUCUCAGGCGCCCAUACCCAUUCCCUCCAUUGCGGUGUCCGAAGACCCCACUCCGUCCGCACCUGCUUCUCGGCCGCAGCCCGCUCCUCCAAACCCAACUAUCGUUCUUCCCGGUGACGACGAUGUGGCUCAAGCUCCUUCAUCUGCCCCGUCCCAACGAUCCAAUGUCCCCGACAUCCUGGUCCCGGGUCAUGGUCGAUACGCUCGUGGCCCGGCCGUACCACCUAUUCCAGUCAUCUUGACCCCCGACGACAGCGGCGACAACAAUACCGAUUUUAGUCCUAGCCCGCCCGUCAUAAUCACGACGCCUUCCGUCCAAUCCUCCUCAACAUCUUUGGCACGACCGCUCCCUGCGCCAGGUGGCCGGUCUGGUGCCGGCAACCAUCCUGCACCUCGCAGCCACUGGUCGCGUGCCCAUGGUCACCAUCCUGCCCUGCCUUCGUCGUCGACCGGCAGCGUUCGUGGCAGCCGUGCCACAGCUUGCUGCCACGAAUGUCGGAAUCCCAUCGAAGGCCGUUUCAUCUCCCUUGCCGGCCUCCCUGGUGCAGCAAGCAGUGGCAGCAAUGGAUCCGAGCGUUUCCACCCACAGUGCUUCCGCUGCUAUUCCUGUGGCACGGGGCUGGAAGCUCUCGAAAUCUCGCCCGAACCCGAAGAGUUCCGCAACGCGCGUCUCCAUCGCAUCGCCCUGCGCGCCCGUGGCGAGAUUUUGGAGGAGGCACCUGGUGAGACGAUGGGCGAGGAUGGCGACGACCGCCUGCGCUUCUUCUGCCACCUGGACUGGCACGAAUUGUUUGCGCCGCGCUGUAAGCACUGUACGACGCCCAUUGUCGGUGAGCACGUCGUCGCGUUGGGCGAACACUGGCAUGUCGGCCACUUCUUCUGUGCCGAGUGCGGCGAGCCCUUUGGGCCUGGCGCAACACACAUUGAAAAGGACGGCUAUGCCUGGUGCGUGUCGUGUCAGACACGUCGCACGGAGCGCCGCGCCCCCAAGUGUCGCGCCUGUGGGAAAGCCGUCAUUGGGCAGUACGUACAGGCGCUGGCCGCCGAGUGGCACGACGACUGUUUCCGGUGCGCCGUCUGCAGCGGCGGCUUUGUCGAUGGCCAAAUCUUUCCGCGAGAGGGUUCUGGCGGCCUCAUGCAAGUCGUAUGCACCAUGUGUCGCCAACGGGAGCUCAAAGCGUGA